GAGCUACAAGUCACCAUAAAACUCACUGACAGUCACAAUGAAGUUUGUGAUCUUGGCUUUGUUCGUUGCCAGUGCCUACGGCUGUGGCCGGCCCACCAAACCCCCCAUCAUCUCCAAGGUUAUUGGCGGAGAUGAUGUCCGUCAGAACAGCUGGCCCUGGCAGGUGUCUCUUCAAUACAAGAGUGGUAGUGCUUUCUACCACACUUGUGGUGGCACUCUGAUCUCCGACCUGUGGGUCAUCACUGCUGCUCACUGCAUUGGAAGCCGCACCUACAGAGUCUACCUGGGAAAACACGACCUGACCACCAACGAGGCUGGUUCCACUGCCAUCAGCCCCCAAAAGAUCAUCGUCCAUCCCAACUGGGACUCUUAUAAUAUCCGUAACGACAUUGCCCUGAUCAAGCUGGAAACUCCUGUCACAUUCUCAGCUGCCAUCACCCCCGCCUGUCUUCCCAGCUCUGGUGAAAUCCUGCCUCACAACGCUCCCUGCUACGUCACUGGCUGGGGAAGUCUCUGGACUGGAGGUCCCGUUGCUGACAUCCUGCAACAAGCUCUCCUCCCUGUGGUUGGCCAGUCCACCUGCACCUUGCCUGACUGGUGGGGCUCCCUGGUCACCAGCAGCAUGAUUUGUGCUGGAGGCGAUGGUGUGGUAUCUAGCUGCAAUGGAGACUCAGGUGGUCCCCUGAACUGCCAGAGGUCUGAUGGCACCUGGGAUGUCCAUGGAGUGGUGAGCUUUGGCUCAAGUAUGGGCUGCAACUACCCCAAGAAGCCCUCUGUCUUUACCAGAGUCAGUGCAUACAUCAGCUGGAUCAACAAUGUGAUGGCCACUAACUAAAAUGGCUGGGUCCUUGUUGCACUUGUACUUGAAGCUUGCCAAAUAAA